CGUCCUUCGUUUUAAGCCCAACCAAAACCCUUAUUCAGCUCCCGCGCCGCCCAGAAAACAAUCCACCGGCGCCCGCUGCAAUCCCCCUUCCGCCGCCUUGUCACAAGGAACGCGCCGCGUUUAUACAGUCGAGCGUCGUUGGUGGUAUUUUUGAUGUUGUUGAAUCUUUGAACGAGCGUUUUGAUGCAAUAUUUCGAAGAUGCCUUCCGUGUUUGUUUCGCAGUUUGCAGUGGAGGAAGGCUGACUGAUUGUUAAUUGGAUGGCGCUUCGUUUCGAGAUACUUGGGCGGUUCAAUCGUGCUCGGGCAGCUCGACUUACACUGCCCCAUUUCGUGUGCCAGACGCCUUUGUUUAUGCCUGUGGGGACACAAGGCACAAUAAAAGGUUUAACGACUAGUCAGCUUGAGGAAAUUGGAUGCCAAAUUAUUCUUGGAAACACAUACCACUUGGCUCUCCGUCCCACCUCUGAGCUAAUUGAUGAGUUGGGGGGUCUCCAUAAAUUUAUGAAUUGGCCUCGUGCAUUGCUUACAGACUCUGGUGGCUUUCAAAUGGUUUCCUUGUUGCAUUUGGCUGACAUUACAGAGGAGGGUGUAAAUUUCCAGUCACCUGUUGAUGGGAAGCCCAUGAUGCUCACUCCGGAAGAGUCAAUACAAAUACAAAAUCGAAUAGGAGCAGAUAUUAUUAUGGCUCUUGAUGAUGUUGUCAAGACCACUAUCACAGGCCCCCGGAUUGAGGAAGCUAUGUAUCGUACGCUUCGUUGGAUAGAUAGGUGCAUUGCAGCUCACAAGAGACCACAUGACCAGAAUUUAUUUGGAAUUGUGCAAGGUGGUUUGGAUCCAGUCUUGAGGGAUAGAUGUGUGAAAGGUUUGGUGGAUCGUGAUUUGCCAGGCUAUGCUAUUGGUGGUCUUGCAGGAGGUGAAGAUAAGGACUCAUUCUGGCGAGUUGUUGCCCAGUGCACAGCUGCCCUACCCGAGAAUAAACCUCGAUAUGUUAUGGGUGUUGGCUAUCCUCUGGAUAUUGUUGUUUGCAGUGCAUUGGGUGCUGAUAUGUACGAUUGUGUGUACCCUACACGUACUGCUCGCUUUGGAACUGCCCUUGUACCUGAGGGAGUUCUAAAACUCAAACACCAGGCAAUGGCGCAGGAUACUCGUCCGAUUGAUCCUACGUGCGAGUGCAUGGUGUGCAAAAAUUACUCGAGGGCGUACAUUCACUGCCUUGUCACUAAAGAUGCAAUGGGGUCUCAACUUCUGUCUUACCACAAUUUGUUUUACAUGAUGAAGCUCAGCAGGGAUUUACACUCAUCUAUUGUCGAAGGCCGCUUUCCUCAGUAUGUCUGCAAUUUUUUGCAAAAUAUGUUCCCGAAAGGCAACGUCCCUCAAUGGGUCUGCAACGCUAUGGAGGUUGCCGGGAUCGAUAUAUCUUCUUGUUGUCCUACUUUCGAAGGCUUAAAUCUCUCCCAAAAGAGAUAAAUAUCAAAAAGCAGUGGAAAUUAGAGAAAAAGAGAAGAGCUAAACUACGUCACAUUAUUAGUCCUGGUCAUGACUAUUCUUGUCCUAUAGAAUAGGAUAAAUUAAUUAAUUGACCAAAAACCCAUGAGUUAUAAAAAUAGAAAGAAAUCAACAAAAGAUGAAGUCGUCGUUUUUUUUUUCUUUUUUUUUAAGAGAACGGCGGCAUAGACAUACAGUUUUGAUACAAUUUUGGAUAGACAAGAGACUUAUAUGAACUCAGAUGUGUUCAAGUUUUGUUAGAAUGAUUUAUAGUUUGCAGGCUAUUAAAUUUGUUCGGAGUGUACUCAGAACAUAUCAUAUCAUCUGAAGGGUAUCACUGAUUUUCAUUCACUAA